UAUUAAUUACUAUUCACCAUUCAGACCAUCCGGAACCUUUGUCUGUUUUAAGAAACAGGAAGUGCACAAACCUUGUGUGUCACACGUACCGGAAGAAAGCUUCUGAAGUCACAUUGAAGACUGAAACGUCGGUCAAAGUAUCCAUAUCUACAGGACCAGUAACCAGUCAAACCCAAUCCUAAUGAUCUUAAGUGGAUGAUCGCUGAGGAUGUUCACUUCAAGGGUUGUCCCUCAUAUUACGCUUUUACGAAGAGCAUCUUGUGCACUUCAGUCCCAUGGAGAACUUCUACACGUGUGUGUACAACCAUUUCGUCCUGUUUGCUGCUCUUUGCCAAAUCCGAAACUGAGAAACUACUCAACAGCAGCAGACAAUACAUCUCCUCCACGAUGGGUCCAGCUUGAGGCUGAAUUGGAAGAGGCGCUUGUGCCACGCAAACUGUCAGUAAGUCCUCUGGAGAGCUGGCUUUCCCUACGUUACUCCCUCCCUCCCCUGCUGGAGACAGCUCAGCCGCGGGAGGAUGUAGAGCUGUUGGAAGAGAAGGUGCUACCACCAGUCUCUGUCCCCAUUUUGGAGGAUGACAGGGGUUCAGCAACACCUUUACAGUGUAAGAAUGAUGUAAAGGUCAGACGAAGAAAGAUGAACCGACAUAAAUACAAGAAGUUUCUAAAACGGACUAAAUUCUUGAGAAGGAGAGUGAUGGGAAGUCGGGGGAAGCGGAAGCAGAGACGAUUUGAAGAAGAUUUGAAGAGAAUCUGGAAACGAGCUGGACUGAAGAAGGCCCCAGAGGGAUGGAAUACACCUAAGAUUUUCAUUAACCAAUUUGGAAACAAAAAGGACUGAGAAGCAGAGUAAUUGGCGUUGACGUCACAUCCCUUACACUUGAUGGCUCCACAUAAUUACAUGUACAUAAUCUAAUAAACACCUUUCUCUGUCUAGUCAAA